GUCUCUUGGACUGGUCCCACCACCGCCCGCCGUCUACAUAACCACCGCCUUCUCUGCAGUCGCCCGCGACGUCCAGCUAUGGGCAAAUGGACACUAGGUCACCAUGACGAGGUACUGCAAACCAAAAUGAAGAAUCUGGUAACUGGGGCCGUCAAGCGAAUCAAUCGGGAAAGCGGCGAACCUCCAAUCAGCUAUGAGACCUUCGUGGAAGAACUGGAUGAGGGCGAUUCUUUCACAGCAACGCUGGUCGAUGUCCUUGUCAAGGAAAUGGCCGACCGACGUACUCGGACUAGCUUUCUCGACCGCCGACUUAUCUCUGAGCAUACGGCAAAGUCGCUUCGAAUGCAAGCGGCUCCACUACACGUUUACUCCAGUCGUCGACACAAUGGUCGCUUCAGGUCUGGGUAUACUGUCACCGAUAUAGUGGCCGAGAUCACAGACGAGGAAGACGAACCUGCGGAUGCUCGUGACUCGCAGCAUGCUGACGCACUCUGGGACGGCGAGGGCGCCCGUCUCAACACCGAGUUGUAUGAGGCGUACGUACCUACUUCGUAUGUUGCGCCUUCGUAUGGCCGGUCCCCUCAACUUCUGGACAGACUGAGGCCUUCCAAUGCGACACCACUAGCUACGGGGGACUCCGACGUAGGGGAACCAAUUGUCCUGCCCAUCAGUCCUCGAUCUAUCUCCCCGCCUUUACGGUCUUUGUCCCACCGCUCAGGAUCGCGUUCACAUGGCACGGGUAUCGGCGCAAGUUUGUCCAGGAGCGAUUCAAUACGUCGCCCAGCGCGUUCGCGCACUGUUGACUUCAACGAGUUCACGUCGCGUCGUCGGUCGUCUAUGCGACAAACCUCGCAAGACCAGCCGCAAGUAAGAGCUGAACCGGAAGAAUCUACCGAUGGGACUUGGCGGUUUAGGCUCAGCAGAGGUGGCUCACUGCGGGACGGGCAGCCCCCUCUGGCAUCGACCUCUAGUGUUCACACUCGAGCCGUCGUGCCUGCUCAUUACCUCUCUCGGCCAGAAGUCGCAGGGAGCCUUCCUUGGGCUGCAGACACCUCUGAGGAACCCUCAGACAGCAAUGCAGAUCUGCCCAGUGCUGCCUCUCCGUCGUCCAGUGGACCAAGCUCGUCGCAGACCUGGUUUGCACUGACGGCUGGUCAGUCGACUGCACCUGCAGACGAGGCCAACUCUCACACGACUCGCCGGUCGAGUAUAUCGGACAUCAACGAGGCAAGACGUCAGGUCAUUGCUCCUCGUCUCCGGCGUGGGGGUGUACGCCCACCUGAAACCCUUCUCUCUCGACCUGAUGUGGGCGACGUCGCUCGAGAAAUGUUUGUAAGCCUUAUGGGCGUGCAGGGGGAGCCGGAGGAAGGGAGUACCUCGCAGCUACCCACCCCUCGGUCGGCGACACCCAUACCUGAUCCAGUGGAAGCGCGCGAAAAUCUUUGGCAAUAGGCGCAAGGUCCCGUCUUCAUAGGUUGCCGGUUCCAUGGACUAAUCGUAUAUGUCUCCGAGUCUUCAUGUAUACAUUGCAUUGCCGCCUAUUGCUCCCGCUUGUGUAUGUAAAACGCUUGUGCAUUUGCGUACUGCCUCCAAUGCGUACGUCUUAUGAAAAUCUACUCUUAAUUGUUGCUAUGAUCCAUCUUUGGUAUCGCUGAUA